UUUUUUAUCUUUUUAAUGCUUCUUUAAAAAGUUCAACGCUAAAAUUAAAUAAAAUUUAUUUCAAAUUUUAGACAAAAAGUGAUGUAGACAUACAUAGUAGAUUUAAAAACUUCGACAGGUAUAUGCUGUUGUUGCUGUUCAUGAUUUGGAGCUCGUUUUUAAAUCUUCGGUAAUUUGGAUAUUGAAUUAAUAUUUCGUUCAAUUAUUUUAAUAUUUAUUGCUUCUUGACCUCGUGAAGCUAUAAAAAAAAAGAAACUUAUUUUUAGUUGUUCCCAAACGGACAGUAUCUAGAACUUCAAUAGCAUCUUCAACAUUGACUCUUGAACAACCAAAACCAAUUAGUUUAUCGUCUUCUGAUCGAUCAAAUAAAUGGAAUAAAUUUGAACAAGAAAAACAGAAACAAUUAUCUCAUGUAUCUCAACAUACAGAUCAAUUCACAUCAACAUCGACAGAUUCCAAUAAUGAUCAAACAACAACUGCUGCUCUUCCACAUAUUGUAGCUUUACCAAGCUCUGCAUUGCGUACAACGGCUGUAUGUAAACCUUCACUGGAUGAGCGUAUCUUAUCAGAACGAAUACAAUCAACACAUUCAAAUAUAUCAAUAUUUAAAUUCUAUCUAGAUCAAAAAGAAACAAAAUCAUCGAUUGGUCAUCAUACAAAAGCAACAAUGUUUAACAUGGAUACUCGUCUUAAACAAACACCUUUUCCAAGUCCAUCUUUAUCAUUUUUUACUAAAAAUUUCAAUGAUGGUACACCUGAAAUGGAUACUGAUUCAACAAUUACACCUACAUUUCAAUCACUUGGUUUGCAGAAUGAUCUUGAAAUAGAACGUUUCAAUCAAUCAGCAAAAGUUCAUUCAGAUGAAAAACAACAACAACGAAAAAUUCCUCAUACUUCAUCAUUCUCUGAUUUAUAUUCAAAUAGCAACAAUUCUUUGCAAUUUACUUCAUCAAUUAUUAUUGAUCAACCAAGUUAUUCAUUGAUGGAAAAUAGAUCAAUACAAAAUAAUCGUCAAGCAUUAACAUCAAUAUAUAAAAAACCAUCAUCUCAAUUGCUUUAUAAUCCUUAUUCUACAGUAAAAUAUAAUCAAAUAUUUCAAGAGUAUCAAAAACCUGAUUUGGAAAAUUAUCGAUCACCAGUAUUAUUCGAUAUCUUACCAACAACAACAACAACAACAAAACCUAGUCAAAGUAUAUUAAGAAAUGAAAAAUUAUUUUCUAAACGAUAA